AUGCUGCACGGCUUCAACAUCCUCCGGCAACAGUACUCCAACCUCGCCAAACCAGGCGGAGGCAACCAAUCCGCCAUCAACACCAUCCAAACCCUUGCAGACCGUCUUAUCAAAGCAGACGAGUAUCAGCUCUCCCUCGAAGAUCGCAGAGCAGCCGUACUCGCCCUCAAAGGUCUUAGCAGAGAUCACAACAGAGCUGUUGGUCAACAUGCCCUUCCCGCCUUGCUCAAAUCCUUGCAAAGAGAUGCAAAGGAUGAGGACACAGCAAGAGCCUUGAUCGAGUGCUCUAUCAUCCUUUGCGAGGUUCAGUCGCCAGAAGCUGCUGCUACGGCACAAGCUGCUGCUAUGGCACAAGCUGCUGCUAUGGCACAAGCAUCUGCGCAAACCCAAGCUCAAGCGCAGAACAGGCGAAAACAGCAAAAUCAAGGCCCACCUUCGGGAUUGCAGCACACCGACAUCUUUCUCCAAGAGCCUGGGCCUUUGCACUGUCUCUUGCCGCUUCUUGCUCCCCAUCGCGCUUUCUACACUCGCUUUGCAUCGCUUCAACUUCUUGGCUCUCUGCUUCGCAACCGUCCGCACAGAGUUCAAGAUCAUGUCCUCGUGGCGCCAGGAGGAUGUGGCGCCAUCCUCGAAUGUCUAGCAGAAGGCGCUGGUUCAUCCGCAGAGAUCGUCCGCAACGAAGCACUCUUGCUCCUCCCACAUCUCGUCUACGCCAACGCAGACAUCCAAAAACUUGUCGCUUUCGAAGGCGCAUUCGAAAAACUCCUUGACGUAUGUGCCGCCCAAGGCAGGAUCGAAGGCGGUAUCAUCGUCCAAGAUGCCCUCGAAGGCCUCGAAGCCCUCUUGCGAUACAACGUCUCCAACCAGAACUACUUCCGCGAAACCCUCUCCAUCCCGAUGCUCGCACCUCUACUAUUCUACCCACCCGCUCCAGCGAACAACGAGUUGCCAUCCAAGCAUGCCGACCACGAAUACGCACGUCAGUUGGAAGCUUUCUGCUUUCAAGAUUGGGACCAGCAGAAAGUCGUCAAUGCCAAGAUUGUGCUUGAUAUCGCCGCACUCUUGAUUGCAGGUCAGGCCGAGGGACGACGUGCAAACCAAGCUGCCCUGUUGCAGUGCGGGAUGACAAAGUGUUUGAUUGACCUUGCGCUUGGUUCGACGGCACCCGCUAGUUUGAAGGCGCAGGCCUUGCAUCUUUUAGCCUCCUUGAUGCAGAGUUCGAGGGCAAAUCAGGAUUUGCUUUCGAGUUUGCUGGUACAGCCGGUCAAGGUCCUGUUGCCGCCUAAGGCAGAGACACCAAUCGAGGGUCAGCAUGGCGGAGAACAGCAGCAGCAGCUUGGGCAAGACCCUACUUUUGCUUCCCAGGAACCUUCUUUUACUAGAUUGCAACCUCGUCCCGCAGCGGUGUGUCUUGUGGAGACUGCAAUUGGCACUUCCGGUGCCAAAGGUGGUUUGGGCUUAAGAGGUGCUGCUAUCGCCUGCUUCCGUUCUUAUGUGGCUGAUAAUAUGGAGGCUCGUCUCUCUAUCGUUAACGGUAUCCUUCCCCAAGCGGCUGCGGAGGAGGAUAACGCAACAGCAUCCGCAGCUUCACCCGCUGGAAAGAUCCUCUUCGAAGGCAUAACACAAAACCCAUCAACCACAGCCACAUCCGACCACGCCGAUGCCUACAUACACCUCAUUUCUACAAUGCUCUUUUCCUACCUCCUACGCGGGAGUGAGACAGCCAAAUUGGCCGCUCGCUCCAUCGCCAUCGACCCGGAUGGCAAAGUUGUCAAGCACGUCGGUGCAGAAAAACAAGGCGAUAAUGACGACGACGACGAUGAUGAUGAUGAUGAUGAAGAUGCGCCCUCUUCUCUCAUCCAAGUUCUCGUAGCAAACCUCACCUUAUCCGAGCGAGAACUGGCGGAUGCAGUCCGAAAAGAACGUGCUUCGGCAUUGGGUUCCACCGUCUCCUCGCAUUCCUAUUCCGCUGCGGAUUGGACUCGAAUCAUGGUGGGCUAUCUAGUCUUGCUCUCCAUCUGGUUACACGAAUCGCCGUUGAGCGUAAGGGAUUUCCUCUCUGAAUCGGCUACCCUGCAAGCUGUCAUCCAACCCGUAGCCCAGUCUUCAGGUGUCGACCCACUCAUUCAAGGUUUAGCAGCGUUUCUGUUGGGUGUCGCCUACGAAUUCGAUACGGACCCCGGCAAAGUCGCCGUCACUCGUGCGACGAUGCAUCCUAUCCUUCAUUCACGUAUCGGUGCAGACCAAUUCGCUGUUCGAAUCGCUCGCAUUUCCGACGAUGUCCGAUUCCGCCAAGUUACACCUGAUAUUCUCGAAAAGCUUAUUUUCGUAGAAGAACAAACCGAAGCCGACGAACUGAGGGCCAAACAACAGGCUGAAGCAAAGGCUGCUGCUGCACAAGCUCUCGCUGCUGCUGCAGCUUCCGCCUCCGCCUCCGCCUCUUCCGCCUCUUCUGCCUCCGCCUCCCAUCCCUCGACUGGUGAUGGAGCAAAGAGCGAGGAGAAGGUUAAGAGGGACGAAGAAGCAGCAGAUAAAGAUCUGGAAGUCAACGGUCUUGGCCAUCUCUCCAAACGGCGUAGAGCAGGCUUAUGGUUCGAUUGGAGUUUCGUUGAGUUUUGGCGGCUCAACUCUACGCUCAUCUCUAGAUCGAUUACUGUUGAUCCGGCAAGUAGUUCAGCAAGGGAAGCUGCGAUGCCAGUCGAACUACUCGACGCACAGCGACAAACAGAAGCGCUUCGAGAUACAGUCGCUAAACAAACACGCGAGAUUGAAAUGCUCGAAAAACGAAAAGACCAACUCUGCUACACUCACACAAAACAACUCGAGCCACUGCAAAGCCAACUUACAAAGACCAAGCAAGAACUCGCCUCCUCAACCACGCAGCUCGAAGCUCUAAAGGCGGAAAUGAAAGAACUCAAGUCUACACAUGCAGCAAGUUUGGCAGAGGAGCAAAAUAGGAAUCAUGAUUUAGUAAAGCUUUUGCAAGAGGCGAGCAAGAACGAGCAAGAGUGUCGCGCUAAGGUGUUACAACUAACCUCGCAAAUCGCGUCAAGUUCAGCUGGAAAAGCGUCUCAAAAGGAAUUCUUGGCUUUGCAGAAGACCAACGAAGAAUUAAAGAAGAAAUAUGACCAACUUCUCACCUCCUCCACCUCCUCCACCUCCUCCACCUCCUCUACUGCUUCGGCCGGCAUAGGGGUAAAAGAACUCCUAGAGGCAAGAGACCUGGCAGAGUCAAGAGCAAGAGAAAUUUCAGACCUCGAAGCCAAACUCGCAGCAUCGCAAAGCGCGAUCCAGGAGAAGAGAGAGUUGCAGAGCAGGCUGCACCAGUUGGAGGCCCAGGCGAGCGCUGCCAAAGCAGAGCGAGACCUCGUUUCCGCCGACCAAACCACACAACUCUCUGCUUGCAACAAGCAAAAUGAACAACUCCAAACCAAGCUCAGCGAGCUUGAGAAAAAACUCAAGCAAUGUAUGCUAUCCAACAACACCUCCUCCUCGCACUCGUCGUCGCUAUGGGAAGGUGAGCAAGGUAGGGAAUUGGAUGAAGCGAAUAGGGAGAAAGAAGAAAUUAGUAGGGAAAACGAAGACCUGCUUGUGCUUCUUGAAGAACUGACUCAGAAACGGAAAGUUGAUAAAGCAAGGCUUAGAGAAAAAGGUGUGCCUGUUAGUGACGAUGACGAUGACGAUGACGACCAAUCCUAA